UGGACCGUGAUCCAUUCGUCGUGGCCGGCACAGACUUCAGUGCCGUUUCCGUAAAAUGGAGGAGGGCGAUACCUCGUUUCUGGAAAUACUGAACGCUGACCCCCAUGCGGUAGCUAACCUUAUUCCCGGAUCGCAUCAUUCGGCCAUUCCUCCAGCUCAAACCCAACCCUUUGAACACACGGCUACAUGGCAAGCACAACACGGUUUUGGAGGAGUUUGGACUGGGCAUGACGAGGGUGGGCUGGAAGACGCGGAAGGAGAGGACGAGGAAGAAGAAGAAGACGAGGAAGCGGGGAUACGUGGGGAUGCCGAACUCACGGAACUUCCGGAGGAACCAGACGAUAUCCCCGAUGAUGUUGGACGUCAAAUGGAUCAAGCAACGGCAGAGGUUGGGAUCAAAGAUCAUUCACAAAUUCUCUGGGAAGAGGAUGAAGAGGCAAUGCGCGAGAUCCAGGAAUCUGUGGGAGAGCUAGAUGGUGAUUGGGAAGGGAUUGGACGUCGAAGACGGAAGCGUCGAAGGGGCAAACGAAAAAAAAGAACCGAACUGAGUGAAGCUCAAGCCGAGAUUGUAGGCCAUGCAAAUAUUGCCUAUUCGCAGGGCGACUACACACGAGCAGUUAAGCUUCUUCAUGAAGUCAUUCAGGCCGCCCCAAAUGCGUAUCAGGCUUGGGUAACGCUAGCUAUGGUCCAUGAUGAGCUGGGCGAUGCGGUGAAAGCUAUGCGUACCUAUAUGAUGGCCGCCCAUAUUUCACCGAAAGACGGCGAUCUGUGGAGGCGAUUGGGAGUCAUGUCAAGAAAGUUUGGUCAUAAUGAGCAAGCCCUAUAUUGUUACUCAAAAGCCAUUAGUGCAGACCCAACGGAUGUGGAUGCCCUUUGGGAUCGAUCGGUUCUCUACUAUGAACGGAGGAUGCUGCAGAAGGCAAUAGAUGACUUGCAGGCCAUUUUGGAUCUUAUCCCGCACAACAUGCCCGUGGUUAAGCAACUUUGCAAGAUUUACCUAGACCUCAACGAUGCCGUUAAGGCCAUUGCUCUUUUUGAAGGUGCCAUGAACGCAGACAUCGCACACCCUCUUCAAGUAUUGGAUGAUUCAGACGAAGAGGGGGACGAUGCAAAUGAGGAGGUCAUUGGUGGGAUAAGCAUGGGCGCGCGGACUGCUGUUGUUCGCACCCGAAUGAGAUAUGAAGAACUCAACAUGCUUGCGGAGCUUUACAUCGAAGUUGGGGAGCAUGAAAAAGCUUUGAAUGCCAUCAUACAAGGCACACGACGACUUCAGGGUCGUGCACAUGAGACACAUUGGGAUCAGUUUGAUGAUGACCGGGAGUUUUUGCAGGGGACUCUACCUGAAGGGAUGGAACUUCCGAUUGACUUACAGGUCAAACUCGGUAUUUGCCGGCUGUGGCUGGAUAAUGCCGAAGUGGCCAAGGCACAUUUCCGACCACUUUACGCACGUCCUAUCAACGAUUAUACGGAAUUAUACUUCGAUGUUGCCGAAGCGUAUAUGGGAAAGCGGAUGUUCACAAGUGCUCUGGCUGUGUUUGAAGCCCUAAGGAACAAUCCCCAGACUGACACACCAGCCAUAUGGAGCAAAAUGGCCUUUUGUUACCAGCAGCUGGGAAACCUGGAGCUCGCAGCAGAGCUUUACUCGGCUGUCCUUGAUGCAGCACCUGAUGAUUUUGACGUAAAGUUGGCACUUGCUGGAGUAUAUGAGGAGCUGGGCGAAGAAGAUCGUGCGUUCGAAUUAGUAUCCGAAGUGGACACUCAGUCUCGAGCAGUGGAGGAAGAAGAAAGGGCGAAAGAGAGUGAACAAUCACAAACGCAGUCCGCCUCACAUCCGUCCUUUAUUCGCGAAAAAGACCCAACGGGGAAACCAAUUCAGGAUCGAGCAAUAGCAGAGGCGGCCGAAGCUGCUCGACAACGGGAGAACAGGGCCAACUACCAAAAGCUGCUCCAAUUGUAUCCCAAAUGCAAAGACAGGAUAGCGAGGGCCGACCUUUUGCGGACGACGCGAAAGCUUUUGACCCGGUUUCAGAAUACCAGAGCCUUUUAUCCAUCAGAUAGGGCCAAAGUGUUUACUGGAUUGAAUAACCGACGAAAGCGGCGAACUGCUACCAUGGAUGAGGAAAUUAAUGACUUGACGCGGCGAUUGCGACCAGAAUUGCUGGUGGACACGGAGCAGAGAAUCGACCGCCCCCCGCCAAACAUUUCCUCAUUCCAGGGACUCACUUUUGAUGAAUGGUAUGACGUGUUCGUAAAGUACGCAUACGUUGCGGUUAUGGAUGGGAAGGAAGACGAUGCCCAGACAACCCUGAAAGCAGCAUUUGAUGCAAACGUAUUUUAUCACGAUGAGCUGCGGAAGGUCCGGUUAAGAUUGCAUAUGAUAUCCGUUGCCAUUUACGCUGGAAAUGCUGCACGGGUAACAGAUAUUUGCCGGUGGUUCUGCCAAUAUCGCCCAUUUUCAAACGAUGUUUAUCGAUUGUACUCGGCUAUGCAAGCAGGCGGAUCCGAAGCAGUAUCAUGCUACGCCAUGAAUAGCAGUGUGAAAUAUUUUAUGAGGCAACUCAAAGCAAUGAACAAAGCUGGCAAAGCGCAUCCCAAUAAACCGGAAUACAAGAAUGCGCUGUUGAUGACAACGUAUGGCCAUAUUUUACAGGCUGGCAGGAGUUAUUUGGGCGCAAUUGCGUUCUACCUAAAAGCGUACCACCUCUGUCCGAACGAUCCUCUGAUAAACUUUUCCCUGGGCCUUGCCCAUUUGCAUCGGGGCAUGCAGCGCAAAAGCGAUAACAGGCAUAUGCACAUCAUGCAGGGCUUCACCUUUAUCAUGCGGUAUUAUGAGUUGCGGAAUGAAAAUGUGGAGGCUUCAUAUAAUGUCGGUAGAGCCUUCCAUCAGAUUGGCUUAACUCAUCUGGCAAUACCGUACUAUGAAAAAGUUUUGCAAGGAUCUGAUAAAGGUAAAACCGUGGAUGCAGCACAGGAUUUGAAAGGGGAGGCAGCCUACAACUUGUCCAUGAUUUAUGUGGGGAACGGGUCGAUGGGGCUGGCAGAGCAAUUGCUGAAAAAGUAUUGCACCUUUUAAAGUGAAGUUUUGCUGAGUCUACGGGUUGUUAGUGUUUGACAGCAGCAGUACCAGAACAAUGCUCUGAAGAGUCCAGCGGAGCGCCCCGUGUAAAAUAGUCUAAUGUAUAGAUAAAGAAACUCAAGAGCACAACGUGCACACUGAAAUAAAAAAUGAGGAUAUAUCACCA